GAUAUAUGUGCUGGGUACUUUCACUUACAUUUCUGGUACCGCUCACUGCCAUACAUUACAAUACAGAAAAUGCUCUUGAUCAAAACUGAAGUCUGUUUUUUUUGGAUGGUAUUAUGUUACACCUCUUUUGCUUCAAUGGGUAACAAACAUUGCCAUGACUCCUGUAACACAUCCACCCUCCAGGCUCCACUAGGCUCUGCGGUGCUCCUGUCAUGCAGCUUUGGAUCCACCUCUCUGGGCAUUAGCCCUGGCCAUGGCUGGGUGGUGUGGAACCAGGGCUCUGGUUCUGGUGCCAGCCUGGUCAACAUCACGUCCUCUGGGAAGGUGGACUUUCUGGACCCCAGGCAGGGCAGAGUGAAGGCUUUCCCCAAUCAGGGAGGUCUGGGGAACUUCUCCAUCCUAAUCGAUGCCCUUCAGGCCUCAGACCUGGGCUCCUACUGCUGUGAGCUGCAGAGUCAUGACCAGUGCCAUCGAGUGGAAGUUGAGGAACUUGAAGAAGGUUCACACAUCGUGUUGUUUUUCAGCGUCGGCAGUUUGGCCAUCCUCCUAGUGCUCCUAAGUGGCUGUUUCUGCUGGGUGAAAUGGACACGAGUUACUACUGAAAGAACACCAGACUAUAUCAACACCCAUUUCUGUGCAGGAUCCAGUGCACCUCCUGAGGACGUCGCAUGUAGUGACAAUGUCGGGAGAGACGUGGCACAGGAGAGAGGAGUCGGCAAUGAGCGACCGAUCUAUGAAAACAAUGAGCACGAUCCAACCAGAAUGCAGCAUGAUCCGACCACAAUUCAGCAUGAUCCGACCACAAUUCAGCAUGAUCCGACCACAAUUCAGCAUGAUCCCACCACAAUUCAGCAUGAUCCCACCAGAAUUCAGCAUGAUCCCACCAGAAUUCAGCAUGAUCCCACCAGAAUUCAGCAUGAUCCCACCAGAAUUCAGCAUGAUCCCACCAGAAUUCAGCAUGAUCCCACCAGAAUUCAGCAUGAUCCCACCAGAAUUCAGCAUGAUCCCACCAGAAUUCAACAUGAAGCACAAAGAAACCAGCACGAACCAGCUAGAUACAAAAAUAAAUUGCGAGAAUCGAGUGAGAAAAGAAGACAGGGGUUUCAUGGAGAACUCAUGAGCAGAUUGCGCCAAUCAAGUCUCGGACAGCGUUACUAUGCAAACCAAGCCGAGAUCAACCAGCAAGCCAGAGUUCAGAUGGACAACCACAAAAGAGCAAACGAAGCAAAGACCAACCCGGAGGGCAGAUCCCAAUUGGACAACCGCCAAAGAGGAAGCUUUUGGAGAAAGAAACCCAAAGAGCAAUGUGAAUAUGAAAACCCUAUCUAUAACAGUGCAGUCACACUCAACAAACUAUAGACGGGGAUGAAGAGGAUACUGAGUCUCAACUCCUUUGUCUCACUUUUGUUUAGGUUCUAUUUUUUUUUUUUUUGUAAAUAAAGUGCAGUACAUUGUCUUGAAAGUGAAACAAAUAUGAAUUAAAGUUCAUUUUUAAAUAUG